UGGUCCUUUCCUCUGGAGGUGCAUGCCUGGGACCCAGCAAUGGCCAUCAGGACCCUGACAGGCAAGGGCCAGGAAUCGGUGACCUUCAAAGACGUGGCUGUGGACUUUACCCUGGAGGAGUGGGGCCGGCUAGGGCCUGGCCAGAGGGAGCUAUAUCGGGAUGUGAUGCUGGAGAACUACCAGAACCUUCUCUCGCUGGGACUCCCUGGGUCCAAACCCGAUGUGAUCUCCCGUCUAGAGCGAGGGGAAGAGCCCAGGAUGGAGAGGAGAGAAGACCAGCAAAGAAUUCACACUGGAGAGAAGCCCUACAAGUGUAAUGAUUGUGGAAAGGCAUUCAGCAACAGCUCAUAUUUCAUUCAGCACCACAUCAUCCACACCGGAGAGAAGCCCUAUGCCUGCAACGAAUGUGGCAAGACCUUUACCCAGAGCUCAUCGCUCACUGAGCAUCAGAGGAUCCACACUGGAGAGAAACCCUACAAAUGCAAGGAAUGUGGGAAAGCCUUCACCCAGAGCUCCUCCCUCAUCAAACACCAGCGAUGCCACACUGGGGAGAAACCCUAUAAAUGCAACCAGUGUGGGAAGUUCUACUCCCAGGUGUCCCACCUCACCCGCCACCAGAAAAUCCACACAGGGGAGAAGCCCUACAAAUGCAGUGAGUGUGGCAAGGCUUUCUGUCACACUUCCUCCCUGACUCAGCACCAGACAAUCCACACUGGAGAGAAACCCUACAAGUGUAACGAGUGUGGGAAAACCUUCAGCCACAGCUCGUCACUGACCCAGCACCAGCGAGUUCACACUGGAGAGAAACCUUACGAGUGUCCUGAGUGUGGCAAAGCCUUCAGCCACAGUUCGUCCCUGACUCAGCAUCAGAGAAUUCAUACUGGCGAGAAGCCAUAUGAGUGUCAUGAGUGUGGGAAGGCUUACACACAGAUUUCCCAUCUCAUGAGGCACCAGAGCAUUCACAUGGGAGAGAAACCCUAUAUAUGUAAUGAGUGUGGAAAGGCUUUCAGUCACACCUCCUCCUUUACUCAACACCAGACAAUUCACACUGGAGAGAAGCCCUACAAGUGUAAUGAAUGUGGGAAAACCUUCAGCCAGAACUCUUCACUUACGCGCCACCAGAGAAUUCAUACUGGGGAGAAGCCCUAUGAGUGUAAAGUUUGUGGGAAGGCAUACACCCAGAUUUCCCACCUCAUUCAACACCAGAGGACUCACACUGGAGAGAAACCUUAUGAGUGCAGUGAGUGUGGGAAAGCCUUCAGCCGGAGCACCCAUCUCAUUGAGCAUCAGAAGAUCCACACGGGCGAGAAACCCUAUAAGUGUAAGGAGUGUGGGAAAACAUUCAGUCACAAUUCAUCCCUCACUCAACAUCAGAGGAUUCACACUGGUGAGAAACCCUAUGCCUGUAAGGAAUGUGGGAAAGCUUUCAACCAGAGCAUCCACCUUAUUCAGCAUCAGAGGAUUCACACAGGGGAGAAGCCCUACAAGUGUAAGAACUGUGGGAAAACAUAUACCCAAAUUUCACACCUCAUUCAGCACCAGAAAGUUCACAUGGGUGGCAACCACUAUGUGUGUAAAGAAUGGGGAGAGGAUUUUAGCUGGGGUUCACACCUGGCCAAACAUCAGAGACUUCAUGCCGUGCAGGAUAGCUACGUCUGUGGUAAUUUUGAGAAAGCCUUUGCUUGGAGUACGCAGCUCACUGAUCAUCAGAGAACUCAUGCUGACUAGAGAACCUGAGAAUGAAACAAACUGGCGAUUCUGCUGUUGGGUUCCAUUCAGCCUUCA